AUGGCGACUGGAAUGGUGAACGGCCACGAUGCUGACAUCCCCGCGCCGCCUGUUGACCCUAUAUCAAGACCACAGACUCCUCCGCCUCCACCAUCAACGCUUGCGCCCCCUCCGCCUCCGCCGUCAGAUCUUGCGCCCCCGCCGCCCCCGCCCGCUACCAACGGCGCGGUAGUCAAGAAGAAAGGAUGGGGGGCCUCGACGAAACCGAAGUCACAACCUCUUUCUGUAGAAGAUCUUCUGAAGAAGAAGCGGGAGGCUGACUUAGCUGCGAGCAAGCCCAAAUUCCUUUCCCGUGCCGAGCGCGAACGGCUUGCCUUAGAGAAACGUGCGAACGAAGUCGAAGCCGCAGCCCGCGCGAAAUCUCAGAAUGGCCAUAAUGGAACGCCGCCUCUUGAAGCGCCUCAAGAUGCUGGACGCUCAAAGUCAUCUGUGGCACCGACAGGGCCACGGGCUUUUCGUAAUGGCGAAGUACCUACCGGUCCAAGCGCGAUGCGAUCUAAAGAGCGUAAUAGAGGCGUCGAUUUUACUCCUCCUACAGCCCCCAAGUCCAUAUCGUUCGGUGCAGACUCGAGAACGCAGAAGCGACAGGCGGAUGAAGAUCGAACCGGGAAAGCAGAGGUGGACCUGAUCCGUCAAAGGUAUAUGGGCGCAGAGACCAAUGUCUCGACUUUCUCGGCCUCGAAAAAGAGACGACGUACGACAGAGAAGAAAUUCAACUUUGAAUGGAACGCUGAAGAAGAUACUACCCCUGAUUACAAUCCUAUAUACAAAGAACGCGCUCAGCCAACCUUCUUUGGUCGCGGUCGCCUUGGUGGUUUCGACCAACAGGCUGCGGAUGAAGCCGCCCGGAAAUAUGCCGAAGCCCUGCAGUCCAGAGAUGUUGAGGCCGGUGCAGCGCGAGCGCAAGAAAUCCUAGAGAUGGAGCGCAGACGGAAAGAAGAGUCGAGUCGCAUGGCAGUCGACAAGCAUUGGAGCGAGAAGAGACUCGAUCAAAUGCGCGAGCGGGACUGGCGAAUAUUCAAAGAAGACUUCAAUAUCAGUACCAAAGGAGGUGGUAUACCGAAUCCGAUGCGUAAUUGGAAGGAAUCGGGGCUUCCGCGGCGUUUGCUCGAUAUCAUCGACCAAGUUGGCUACACAGAACCUUCUGCUAUCCAGAGAGCCGCUAUUCCCAUUGCCCUCCAGAACCGCGACCUUAUUGGUGUUGCUGUUACUGGAUCUGGUAAAACGGCAGCUUUCCUUCUUCCUCUCCUGGUAUACAUUGCCGAGCUCCCACGACUAGACGAGGACGAAUGGCGGCGAAACAACGGCCCCUAUGCCAUCAUCCUGGCCCCGACACGUGAAUUAGCACAGCAAAUCGAGAUAGAAGCUCGCAAAUUCGCAUCACCGCUGGGUUUCACGGUCGUAUCCAUCGUCGGUGGCCACUCCAUCGAAGAACAGGCCUACAAUCUACGCAAUGGCGCAGAAAUCAUCAUCGCCACGCCAGGCCGUCUAGUCGACUGUAUUGACCGACGCAUCAUCGUUCUCGAGCAGUGCUGCUACGUGAUUAUGGAUGAAGCAGACCGUAUGAUCGAUCUCGGUUUCGAGGAGCCCGUCAACAGAAUCCUGGAUGCCCUGCCUGUGACCAACGAAAAGCCGGACACCGAUGAUGCCGAGGAUAGUCGAGCUAUGUCCAGGCAUCUCGGUGGCAAAGAUCGAUACCGCCAGACAAUGAUGUACACGGCUACCAUGCCCGCGGCUGUCGAACGCAUCGCACGCAAGUACCUCCGCCGCCCAGCCAUCGUGACCAUCGGCAACAUCGGCGAGGCAGUCGACACGGUCGAGCAGCGCGUCGAAUUCGUCGCUGGUGAAGACAAGCGCAAGAAGCGGCUCAAUGAGAUUCUCCAGUCGGGCGAAUUCAGACCUCCAAUCAUUGUCUUUGUCAACAUCAAGCGAAACUGCGAUGCUGUGGCCAGAGACAUCAAAUCUAUGGGCUUCAGCUCCGUCACGUUACAUGGUUCUAAGACACAAGACCAGCGUGAGGCUGCAUUGCAGUCUGUCCGAGACGGGAAGACGGACGUGCUCGUCGCCACGGAUCUCGCAGGUCGUGGUAUCGAUGUCCCCGACGUCAGUCUCGUCGUCAAUUUCAACAUGGCCACCAAUAUCGAGUCUUAUACCCAUCGUAUCGGUCGUACGGGUCGUGCAGGGAAGAGUGGUGUCGCCAUCACGUUCCUGGGCAAUGAGGACACAGAUGUGCUGUACGAUCUCAAGCAGAUGCUCAUGAAGAGUAGCAUCUCUAGAGUGCCGGAGGAAUUGAGAAAGCAUGAAGCAGCACAGCAGAAGAGCCAGCGCGGUGGUCAUGGCGGCGCGAGCAAGAAAGGUAUCACGGCAAGUGAUGAAAGCGGUGGCUUUGGUGGCGGGAAGAGUGGUGGCGGUGGUGGCGGGUGGUAA